UUUGAAUUGUACUCAUAUUAAGAGAAAGCCUGAGUUGGAUGGGGAUGAUAUCUUUUCUUGUCUUGCUCAGUGUACCUUAUCCCCACAGUUUUCUGUUAUUCAUCCUCGUGCGUCCCUCUGCCAGCUAAAAAGAACCCUGGGUUGGAGCUACUACUUGUUGCAUUGGUCUCAGCAGCAACCUAGGUUUUGUUUUUGUUUUGGCUGUUUGUUUUGUUGGCUUCUAUGAGGGAAUCUGAGAAAGAGCAACUGUUUGUUGUUUUAUUUUCUUUUGCGUCUUUGCCUGAGGAGCCGUGCCAAGGCCUGAUAUCCGGUACAGAAAAUGUUCCUUCUCCUGCUAAUUAUGAGCCUGGGAAUGCCGCUUCAUCAGACAGCAGCUUUAUUCACAGUGACGGUCCCAAAGGAAAUGUACACGGUAGACUACGGUGGCAAUGUGACCUUGGAGUGUGAUUUUGACACCGGAGGUCAUGUGGAACUCGGAGAUUUAAAAGCCAGUUUGCAAAAGGUGGAAAAUGAUACAACCUUGCUCAGUGAAAGAGCCAUUUUGCUGGAGGAGCAGCUGCCCCUGGGGAAGGCCUUGUUCCACAUCCCCCAAGUCCAAGUGAGAGAUGCAGGGCAGUACCGCUGCCUGAUCAUCUAUGGGAUCGCCUGGGACUACAAGUACCUGACUCUGAAAGUCAAAGCUUCCUACAAGAAAAUAAACACUCGCAACCUUAAGGUCCCAGGGACAGAUGAGGUAGAGCUCACCUGCCAGGCUGUAGGCUAUCCCCUGGCAGAAGUAUCCUGGCCAAAUAUCAGUGUUCCUACCAACACCAGCCACACCAAGACCUCUGAAGGCCUCUACCAGGUCACUAGUGUUCUGCGCCUAAAGCCACACCCUGGCAGGAAUUUCAGCUGUGUGUUCUGGAAUGCCAAUAUGAAGGAACUCACUUCGGCCAUCAUUGACCAAGGUGAUCUGGAAUCCCCCGAGAUCCGUCCAUCUUCACUGCUUCAUAUUUUCAUCCUCUCCUUCAUCAUUGCUUUAAUGUUCAUAGCCACAAUGAUAGUCCUAAGAAAACGGAUCUGCCAAAAGUUUUAUUCUGGAAAAGGCACAACAAAAAGAUAUGUCACCACGGUAAGGAGGGAAGUGGACAGAGCUAAUGGAUUUAAUGCUUUGGAUAAUAUCCCCUGGGAAGAAGAGGGAGCCAGACAUGGAGAUACUGAUUUGAGAAAUAGGAAGAGGCUAGGUCUGGGGCCCAGUGUUUGGACAGCCAAGAAAACUUGAUUUGAAUCUGUGGCCUGAUGAGCUGGAGUGACCUGAUGGGACAUCCUCAAGAAACUUCUAGACUCUGAACAAGAAUCCCUUGGCCUGCAGAGCUUGUUGUGUGCACUUUUCAAAUGCCUUUGUGUGAGCCAGCACUUUAAUCUGGAGACUGCAGCAAGACUAGGCAGCACCUGCCAAGGUGAACUUACAGAAGUCAGGCAGCCACCCCUCCACUGAUCCGGGCUCUCACUCCUGCAGCCCGUGGCUCCAAUCACACACUACUGCAGUUUAGAAAAAGACCACACCGGAUGCUGGACCCCAGUGAGUGUCCUCAGGCUCUUUGUUGCUUCUGGACGGGAAACAAAAGGAAUUAUUUCCCCCUAAGUUUCCAAAGUGAUUUCCAGAAGCAGAGACCAGUGGAAAUUUCCAGUUACAGAAGUGGACAGAUUGCCAGUAGAGAUACUUUUAUCUGUAGUUUCCUCUGGUUACUGGACAAGCCUAUUGAGACUGCGAGCUCACAGACAGGGCUUUAUACAAAGUCAAGCCAUAAUUGACAUGUUUUAUGACUUACAGGAAUCUUGAAAGCAUCUGAGUUGUUCUAAUGAAGUAUUUAAGCAUUUAAGUACACAGAGUGGCCAAGUACAAAUUGUGGAAAAAAGCCAUUGAGUAUUAUUUGUGAGGUCUGAAUCACAAAGCAUUGGUUUUAACGUGUAAUGGCACCAUAUUGAAUGGUGCUUUUUUUUUUUUAAUUACAUCCUUCCUUCGAAAAAUUCUGUCUCCUUAACCUCAGAAGCCAAUGAUACACAUUUUAAAUUUUGGCAUGCUAAUAUGCUACUUCUGCAAAGAUUUCAGAUGAGUAGCCAUGAUGAUCAAAGCUCCAGACUAAGUCUCCUUUCCUAGCCCUCUAUAUGACUUUAAACUUAACCUUUCAGUGGCUCAGUUUCUAGGUCUGUGAUACGGUGAUACUCACAAGCUGAGGCCUUUGAUGUCAGCACUAGAAAUCCUGUGAGAUCCCAUUAUGGGUGUGUCAAGGAGGAGGGUAACUGGACAUGGUGACAUCGGGCUAAUCAUGUUAAAUUUGGUCUUUGUGCUGGGACCACAAAGCUCAGGACAUUAAUUGACCCCUAAACUAUCCAAAUGUAAACAUUAUCAAGCAUAACAGAUGGAUGAGUGGGCCUGAAGCAAACUCUUUAACUGGUGUACAGACUAAUUUUAGGUUUAUGGGAAUGAAGGGGUGUGAAAGUGAGUAACACACAAAUAAUAUAACAUCUCAGUUUCUUCUAUAGACAUCAAAGAAUGCCGUUGAAGAAUAAAACUCAAUUGUUUAUUCUUCAGCGUGUUCUGAUGUCCUACUUUUGGCUAAGUGAUUUCCCCAGGGCCCAUCCAGGUCAGUAGGUUUAAUGUUCCGUCAGGCCAGUUGGCUCCCAUAGGUUUAAAAGCCUUUGAGGCACACUCGGAUGCCCUCUUCAGAAGGGCAGGGUCCCAUGGUUUGGUCUGGGGUCCCUGCUGGAGAAGCAGCACCUCCUAAGGCUGCAGAGAUCAGAGCAGGCAGGCAAGGCCUUCUCCCUGAAGAAGCAAGUCUCUCCAUCCUGGGCCCCACCUCCCCACAGAUGUGUGGCUGGCAUGCUGCAUCCUUGGGUGGUAAUAUUUAACUCUAUUAGGAACCCGGUGGCAUAAUGAUUUCUGUCAAAAUACCACCAUCUUUAGUCCUAGAUUGGGGCUAUUUUCUAAAAUACCAAAUAGGGACAGGGCUGCCUACCUCCAAUACCCCAAAAUUCAGCGUUCUUUGGGGAAGAAGACCAUUAGGCAUUGUGUCCUAGCAGGAGGAACGUUCUACACUACAGCCUACAGUCAUAAUGUCUAACAUUUACCAAGUACUUACUACAUGCCCGAUAUUGUUUAGCGUUCUAUACAUGUCAUUGGAAUGCGUUCUCUCAAAACCCUCUGAAAAAGGCACUAUUUAUGUCUCCAUUUUAAAGAUAAGGAAACUGAGGCACAGAGAAGAAAUUUGGUUAAGGCUGCCUGUUUAGUUUGGAAGGGAUAGAGCUAGGGCAGUGAAACCAUAUUCAUUAUACCCCACCAUGUGUCCUGAUUUCCUACCCGAUGGGACUUUAAGGUGGGAUUUUACUGGUUACAUAUACCAUGUGGUCUUUUUUUGCUGGCCUAGGAUUAAUUUCACUCUUACUUUUUCCAAAGAGGCACUACAGGAGGGUGGGUGGAGAAGAGGCUCUGACAUGAGAGAUUCCAACUCCGACUCAACUAUAUAUGAAUCAUACAACUUUGCAUGUAUCAUUUGAUCUCUCUAACCAUCCGUUUCCUUAUCUAAAAGAUGAAUACAGUCAUCCCUUGGUAUCUGCAGGGGAUUGGCUCCAGGACCCCCUCAGAUACCAAGUCUGUGGAUGUUCAAGUCCCUUAUAUAAAAUAGUGCUGUAUUUUUGUAUAACCUAUGCACAUCCUCCCACAUAUUUUAAAUCAUCUCCAGAUUACUUAUAAUACCCAAUGAAUGUAAAUGCUUAAGUGAAUAGCUGUAAAUACAAAGUAAAUGCUAUGUAAUAGUUGCUGGUACAUGGCAAAUUCAAGUUAUGCUUUUUGGAACUUCCUUCAAUUUUUUUUCUAAUAUUUUCAGUCCUCAGUUGGUUGACUUCCUAGAUGUGGAACCUGUGGAUAUGAGGGGCCAGCUGUAAUAUAAGAAAGGUUGUUAACAUCUUCCUUUAUCAGGCACUUAGCUUAUACAGCACAUGGUAAAUACCUGUUAAAUAACAAGUAUCAUUGGUAAUCCCUGAUGUACCAGCCACUAUUUCUUGCCAAACAGGCAGUGUCGUGACACUAUUAAGCUAAUCUGUCUGCAGGAUAUUUCUCCUGAAUCCUAGCCCUAAGGGAGAAGUGAGUUAUGCUCCAAGGAUUUCCAGCCAAGGGGUUUUUUGUCCCCAGGCUCUUCUGUACGUGCCGAAUUCUCCAGCUAAGUCAGAGGGCUCACCAGUUCUCCAGUAUGCCUUGUGCUGUCCCCUUCACCUGGAACAUCUCCUUUCUGGGACCUCAAUUCUCCCUUGCAAAACCCUAUCUGUCCGUCAGAUGCCAGCUCUGCCAGUGAAUAUUUUCUGUUUUUCUCCAGUUGAAUAUGAGCUCUCUUUACUCUGGGCAGAGCAGUGUUUUCUUUGUCCCUCUCUAAAGCAGUUAUCUUUUUCAGUUUUGAAUCAUGAGGAUUUGAGCACAUUUUAUAUCUUCCCCUUAGACUAUAAGCUCCUGGAGGACAAGGAGAGAGUGAGAUUUUGUCAUUCCUGCAGCAUCUUUUAUGUGAUAGAUGCCUCAUGCAUGAUUGGCUCUGAGACUCAUUAUAAUAUUAGAGAAAAUGGCUACACUUAACAUUCUUACUUAUUAUGACCUUACUAUGAUUGGCUGAAAAGUAUAUUAUGGCAAUCCUCAAAACAAAAGAGCUAGAUGAGUUCUAAGUCUUUUUUUGAAAAAGUACCUUCUACAAAGAAAGCAAAAAUAGCAUUUGGGAGAGUUUGAGGAAUUGAGAAAGAUCAAACAAACAAAAAUCACCUAUGAUCUCAUCAUCCAAGCACAAGUAUUUUCAUUUUUGUUGUUGGCAUUUGCUCUUUGUCCAGACAUGUACAUAAUUUUGGCUAUUGUUGUUAGCAUGUCAUUUUCUGUCCUUUUUUUCAAAUUUGUCGCUGUGUAUAAGUUCACAGCUAUGUGGCUGACUAGUCUUCCUAAUUAUUUUUAAUGGCUGCAUGGCUUACAGAUCCAUGAUGAACUGGAACUGGGCCCAAACUCCGCUUAUCACCUGAUCACUCUAAACCCCUAUUUUGACCACUGGACCACAGUGGUAUUUGGGAUUCCUAAGAAUUAGUGUUUUUUCAGAGCAGUGUUUUGGAAUUCCUGAAAAGUUUGGGUAUUUCCAUUUCCCCCAGUGCACAGACCCCUUAGUAAAUGACUUUACAUUCCUUUGGGGAUGGCUUGGAGGAGGAUCUAUGCCAAUUAUUUGCGACAUUGUUGCACAGUCCUUUCUUAAGGGGUCCAAUUCUCCUCUUCAUCCAGGAGCUUCAGAUCUGGCCAUCAUGAGGUUAAUUGUUUAUCAUUAUAGAUAACUUUCAAGCCAUGUGCCAGACAUUGUUCUAUUUGCUUUACACGUAUCACCUCAUUUAAACUUCACAAUUCAAUGAAAUAGAGACAAUUAAUGUCUCUAUUUUACCCUCAAGCAAACUAAAGCCCAGUGAAAUUAAACAAAUUGCUCAUGUCACGUAGCAGAGCAAGAUCUUAAAGAUUCUGCAAGCCAGCCAUGGUCCUAGACCUGUAACACAGUCAAGCUCUCAUCGUGUGGUAUUUUGUAAUUACAUAUGUGUUUGGUUUUCUCCAAAAGCCUGCAUUGUACCUAGGAACAGGAACUGGAUUUUUAUUCAUUUAUGUAGUCCCAGAACCCAAUACAAUAAUUGGCACAUAGAAGAUACUUGACAAAUACUGUGGAAUUGAAUUGAAGGCAAAUGCAUGGAGUCUAGGAAAGAGAGGCCAAUGUGGAAAAGUGUGAUGGUGAAUCCCAAGCACAUCCAGCGGAAAGUGGUCCCCGUCCCUCCAGCACAUGCAUUGCUACCACCUGUCUGGUCUAUCCCUCCAGUGGUGAUGGAUGCAUCCGAUUCACAUAGCUUGAUGACAUCAGCCAUUAAAAUCAUCCCAGCCACCGUCCCCCCUUCCUACCCCAUCCUGAUUCUCUGGUUAGUGAGCAAACUGAUUAUAAUUUGACUUUUCAUAUAGAUUCUGUAUGGGAAUAGAAUGUUCUGAAGCAGUUUCUGAUCUGCACAUUAAAAGUAUUUCUUAUUAUAGAAAAGUCCUAGGAAUUUGGUUAGCAUGAUCCAGUUUUUUAGUCUGAUUCUGAGUGUCCUGACAAAAUCAGUUUUCUGGACCUUUAAGGUAAGACCUUGGUGAUGCCAAUAAGAAAGUUUUUUCUGUAAGGAUGCUUAUGCUGGUCAUCAGCUGCAUCUUGUCUAUAACUGUGUAUUCUCAAAAGCAGGCUCCACUUAGGAGAAGAAACUCAAAGACAGCAGCAUGUUUUCUGCUCAUUUCUGUUUGUUCUAUAAAAAUAGAAUUCCAUUUUAAAGCAGAACAGCUGCAAGAAGUACAGAGGAAGCAACUAAUGCCUGAAAUUUUGUGUUGUGCAGAUUGAAGUAGAAUAUAAUCAGGCUGCUGGUCAAAUCAGGCAACAUGCCAGUGUCUCAGUUCUCCUUGCUUUAAAAUUCAAAAAAUGAAAGGCUCAAACUUACAGGUCAUUUAAAAUUUAAAUCAAAGCAAAACUUAAGUGGGCCUUUUAAAUCAUUACAUUGGCAAAAGCUUUUUAAAUUUAUAACGCAUAAUGCUCCAGAACACGUUAAAUUCAUAGUCUCAUAAGUUGUUAGUGGUCAUAUAAAUCAGUACAAUUGUUUUUGGAAGGUUAUUUGUCUAUAGAACAGAGGUCUUACAGUUUGUCAUACCAUUUGUUCGAGGAAUUCUACAGUAUGUAAAUCUACUCUAAUCUGAGAAAAUAGCCAAAAAAUAUAGAAAAAGUUAUAGACGUGGAGAGGUUCAUUGUAAAUAUAAAUAUAUAUUUUUUUAAAAGCUUUGCCAUAACACUGAAAGAAAAAAGAAACAUACAAAAUUCUAUACUUGCUUAGAUUACUCUUAAGUUUUAAAAAAAUGAACUCAAAAAAAAAAGUGCUUGGAUAUAUAGCAAGAAUCAUGUCAAGAUUCAUACUUUUACCCAAAAAUACCAUUCCAAGGAUUUUCUUAAAGGAAAUCCAUAGACUAAAGUGAAAUAGGUAUUAUAUGAAAAAGUACAUUACAGUGUUAUCUAUGGCCCCAAACUGGAACUAAUCUGUCAAACAAAACAGAAGUGAAUUAGUCAUAGUGAUUGGUAUUUGCAUUACAGACUAAAUAGUAAUCUAGUCAUAAAAAUUACAGUUAUAAAGAUUAUAUAGGAAUAUGAAAUAAUUAUAUAUAUAUAUUUUUUUGGUACGCGGACCUCUCACUGUUGUGGCCUCUUCCGUUGCGGAGCACAGGCUCUGGACGCGCAGGCUCAGCGGCCAUGGCUUACAGGCCUAGCCGCUCCGCGGCAUGUGGGAUCUUUCCGGACCAGGGCACGAACCCGUGUCCUCUGCGUCGGCAGGCGGACUCUCAACCACUGCACCACCAGGGAAGCCCAUAUGAUAUAAUUUUAAGUAGAAAAAUAGUUUCUAUACAGUGAGCACUUACCAUGAGCCUGUCACUAUGUUGCUCAUUUUAUACACAUUAUCUCUUUUCGUGCUGACAGAACCUGAAGAGUAGGUAGAGUGCUAUCCUCAGCGACAGAAGAAAAUUGAGACAAAGUUGCUUAGUAAUUUUCCCUAGUUCACAGAGUUCAUACAGCAGGUAUUCAAACCUAAGCUAACUGAUAUCAAAGCCAUUUCUCCUUAUCCAACAUGCUAUAAAAGCCCUAGACACCUGAAGAUAAUAAGCAAACGUUAAUAUAAAAUAUAUAUGGAGAGAGAGAGAAAAAAAUCAGAGUGGAGCAAUGGUGUGGGUGGUCUUAUAAUAACUGGUUCCUUUCUAUUACAAUGUUAAGUCCAAACAAACAAACAAAAAAGUAAAUAAAUAAAAUUUUAAAAGUGAGAAUGAUACAAAAGGCUGGAAAGAAGUAUACUAAAGUAUUAAUAGGGUUUUGUUAAAGAGGUAGGGUUUGGUGUAAUUUCCCCCUUUUCUCUAUUUUACAAGAUGUUUUGGUAAUGUAUAGUACUUUUGUAAAAUAUUUUAAGUGCUCACUUCAGCAGCACAUAUGCUAAAAUUGGAAAGAUUCAGAGAAGGUUAGCAUGGCCCCUGCACAUGGAUGACACACAAUUUCAUGAAACAUUUCAUAUAUAAAUUGAUAUCAAUAUAUAUCAAUAUAUAUCUAUAUGUCCUCUGUGAUAUGGAAUCCAGAGCUCUGUAAAGCUUAUUGAUCAUUGAAACACUGUGAUGUUCAGAAACAGCAGUGGUAUUCCUGGCAGUAUAAGUGUUAUUAGGAAUACAGUAUAUCUGUCAUUCCUUUCAAAAAUUCUGUGGGUUAAUUUCCACAGAAUCCUUUUUUAUUUUUAAAGGUUUGAGAAGAAAAUCUAAAAGCUCAUGUUCCUUCCUUCUUUUUCUUCCUUCCUCACCUUUGCUUUCUUCACUGUAAAAUUAGUAUGGUGAUAACAGUAACCUGCUCUGUUGAUGUGAUGAGUAUAUGGGCAAUUUUUAUUUUCAUUAUAUUCUUCCUGUGUUUGAAAGGUUUUGAAAAACAUAUUUAACAAUUUUAACCUAAAAAAUAAUCUUUAAACUUAAUUUUUUAAUUAUUAAAUUUAAAUUAAAUUCAAAAGAUUUUUUAAUAUUUUGAAAUUUUAGAAAUUCAGUGUUUAUUGAAAAUCAAAAUGUGGCACAAAUACCAAGUAUAACGGUAUUUUGGGAAAAAUUCUUAUAUGCGCUACUCGUGUUUUUCCUCUUUCUGGUACAUGCUUUCACCUGUGUUUUAAAGAGACUCUAAAGAGAAACUAAAAGCAAAGUUUACUAAGUGAAAGUUUGAGCAGGUUCUGGGGUUGCCACCAUACUGCCUGCUUCAUUGAAUGUCACAUGGGCCUCUGCACACAAUGCAUGACUGGGCUGUGACAGAGCACAUGACACACAUGUGACAGGACGGGCUGCUCACGUCCUUUCCAAAUAAUGCUCUGGGGAGUAGUCCUCAAGAACCACUCUCCUAAAAGCAGAAAAUUCAGGGGUGGGGAGCAAGAGGGGUCUUCCCAAAAACACAAAAACUUUUCUGAGUGUUCUAAAAAUGAAGAGAAGGAAAGAACAGUGAGUACUAGAUGUUAAAAUGUGACAUUUGAAAGCUGUUAGGAAAAAUGCCAGGCUGACAGUCUCCAGCUAUAUCCCCCAGAGUCAAAAUGAAAAGUGCAAACCCAGGCUGACAGAGGCCCUACUUUUCUGAGUGUUCAUCGGUGAGAUGGGGAAUUCAUCGGACUACCCGGAAAGCAUCUCCUCCCUUUCUGAGCUGCUGAGCAUUAAGGUUUAAUCCCCAGGAUCUAUCAGAUUCUGUCUUGGAAGUUUGAACCCCAGUCAGCAUUGUAUGAGAUGUUGUGAGAGAUACAAAGUCUAUAUUAGGUAUGCUUCACCCUGGGGAAUUUAUAGGAAGUGGGAGGAAUACAUCACACACAGGAAAAGUUAUGUAAAAAACAAGGCCACGUAAAAUUGUCUUUUUAAUUUUUAAAAAAAUUUUAUUGGAGUAUAGUUUGCUUUACGAUGUUGUAUUAGUUUCUGCUGUACGGCAAAGUGAAUCAGCUAUGUGUAUACAUAUAUCCCCUCUUUUUUAGAUUUCCUUCCCAUUUAGGUCACCACAGAGCACUGAGUAGAGUUCCCUGUGCUAUACAGCAAGUUCUCAUUAGUUAUCUAUUUUAUACAUAGUAGUGUAUAUAUGUCAAUUCCAAUCUCCCAAUUCAUCCCACCCCCACUCCCCCCUUGAUAUCCAUAAGUUUGUUCUCUACAUCUGUGUCUAUUUCUGCUUUGCAGAUAAGUUCAUCUAUACCAUUUUUCUAGAUUCCACAUAUAAGCAAUAUUAUAUGAUAUUUGUUUUUCUCUUUCUGACGUACUUCACUCUGUAAUGAGUGGAACAGAUCAUAAGACAAAGGAAUUCAGAGUGGGUGUAGGAAUUCAGAGCUCCCAUGGGAGGGAGAAGAACAAGAGACCGGGGUGGGGGGCGGUGAUGAGGAAUGCACAGGGCCUGGAGGAUUUUCCAUGAUGGGUAGGGAGUAGCUAAGUCAUGGGGGCAGGGAUGAUAUUAAAAAACCACCAACUUGCUCAGCAGUGGCCCUGGCUGAUCAGAAUGGAUACUGGUCCAAAUGCUGGAAAACAUCCUGGAAGCUCCUUGCUGAGCCAGGAGUUACUUCUGUAGUUGUUAGAUUGUGGGAAUAUCAGGGGGGUCCUGGAGGAGCAGGGAGUCCUGGGACAUGGCCAGGGUGGUGCUGGGGCACUCAGGGUGCUUGAGGCAGUGGCUAUUUUCUAUUCAGUUCUAUCCACUACAAUCAUGCAACCAUACCUGUGAGUAUCUGCUGAAAAUCAGCCUUGAAUGAGGGCAAAUGGUAUAACAAGAACAUUUACAACUUGCUUUUGCAUAUGGUAUUUCAUUUGAUCUACCUAUCUCUCAGCCUAUCUAUCUAUCUACCCAUCUGUCUAACUAGCCAUCUAUCUGUGUCUCUCUGUCUGUGAAACCAAACUCAGUGUCCCUGGGUGCUGGACACUCAGCUAGGUACCAAGUUGAGGAGCCUGUCCAGAGUUGCAGUUGUCACAUGGGCCUUUCAUUUAUUUUACCACUGAUUUAGUGUAAGCACUGUACUAGGCACUAGGGAUACAGAGGUAGUAGAACAUCAUCCCUGUCCUCAAGGGGCUUGCAGGUCACAGAAACCCCCUUUCGAACCUUUUACACAGGUGAUAACGUAUGCAAAAAGAAGAGAUGUCACAAGAUGAUUAAAAUGGGGAAAGCAGCGUGGAUAUGUGUGGGUGGAGCAGCCCAUGAAGGGCCUUUACCCUGGUGAUGAUGCCAACCCCUUUAGUCACUAAGGGCAGUGGCCAGAACCUGCUGGUUUGGCCAAUGGGGGGCACCAAACCAAGGGAGGGAAAAGUAAUUCUGUAAGGACUGGAAGGAAGUCAAACACAACCUCUCAGCCAAGUGUUGGGGCCAUGAAUUUUUGCUGCAAGGUUUUAUGUUUUCUGGAGGUCAUUUACAGAAUUAAGUAGGAGUCACCCUGGGCAAUACUGGUAAGGGCGAAGAGCUAGAAUUCUCAGAAACUUUCUUUUGGAGCCUGAGACAGAAGAAGGCAGAUGAGAGAAAUAGCGUGCUGUGGUGGUUCUCAGACUUUUAAUCUCAAAACACUGAAGGAUAAUUCAACACUCUCCAUUAGUAACAGCAGCUGACUUGUGCAGACAUUCACAACCAUUAGGGGUACAUGGCAGAAUACUGUAGAGAAGUGGGAAAUGGGAUGUAAUUUCAUAAAGUUACCUAGUUGAGUCUACAUGUCUAUAUUUACAACCAGCCUUGAGGCUCAGAAGUAGAGGCCUGAGUUGAAGGCAGCUCUGCCACUAACCAGCUACAUCAUCAGAGGCAGUUCACUCUCUCUCAGCCUUAGUUUCUUCAUAUAUAAAAUAAUGAAUCUUAACUGGCAGCAUUAUUGAAGGGAUUCAAGAUAAUAAACUAGGGACUUCCCUGGUGGUCCAGUGGCUAAGACUCUGCACUCCCAAUGCAGGGGGCCCAGGUUCGAUCCCUGGUCAGGGAACUAGAUCCCACAUGCUGCAACUAAGAGUUCUCAUGCCACAACUAAAGACCCCGCAUGCCGCAACGAAGAUCCCGCAUGCCGCAACUAAGACCCGGUGCAGCCAAAUAAAUAAAUAAAUAAACAUUAAAAAAAAAAUACACUGAAGUUCCUAUCACAGUUAGUAUAUAGCCAUAGAGCCAGAGCUUAAUGAAUGAUUAGCUACUAGUAUAAGUAAUUUGUCUUAAAAGCUGUAUUGGGAGAUAACAGAGUCUGCUCAGCCAGCCAUCAUGCAGAAGUGAAAAUCCUGGGAUUUGCAGGAAAUACACUCUUAACAGUAAAUGCCCUCUGUAAUGAGGUAUAGCAGCUUAGACUUGAGGGUAAAUAUUUCAUUAAAUGUUAAUUGCUAUAAAAAGAAAGAUGGGUGCAGAAAUGGGGAGAAGAUGCUAUUUCAAAGCUAGCAGAUUUUUUUUUUAGUUGUUCUAGAAGGAAGAUUUUAAAUUUGCAUUUGAGAUUGAUUAUUUCAGGGUAAAAAGAUUAAUAAUUUUUUUAAUCACAUAAAUGUAAAACCAGUUCCUGAUCUGGAACAGGAAGGUUGAGACCAUUCAUUCCUUUAUUCACUCAACAAAUAUUUAUUGAGCACUUGCUACAUAUAUUACAAAAGGUACUGUACAUAAAAGGCACUGAUUAUGCAAAAAGGUUGCCUUUACUGUGAGUAGAAUUGCAGCCCUGAACCUGCAUUUCCUUGGGGUCUGGGAAGAGGAGUCAUGGUUAAUGGACUCUUGUCUGUAGGAAACUUGAUCCCUCCCACAUGGCAGCAGGAAAGGCACUGAGGGAGAGAUACCCUUCCUUUGAGAUGAGGGGAGGAGAUGUUGUGGAGAGCCCAGUCUGAUAUUUCUUUUUAUGCAUUGUCUUUUUCUUUCUCCUUCAGUAAAGUUAUAUUAAAUGUU